GGAAAACUGUGUGAGAGGUUGGAAAAAAGGGAGAUAAUGGUGCAAAGAGGAAUUGACAGGGUGCAAGGGAGGGACAUGAAGAUGGGCAAGAGCUUCACUGUCACUGCAACAGUAGGAGUUGCAGUGUGAGAGCAUGUAGCUGUCAAAAAGCUUUCCAGGGACUUAAGGUAGCACAGUCCUCCCCUGGAUCCCUUCUCUUUGGGGCUAGAUGCUGUCACCAUGGCUUGGUUGAGCACAGGGUGAAACCAGGUGGCAAUUACACAUGUGAUUUCUGCUUCUAAUGCUGUCCAUCAUUAAUUUUAUUAUGAGUGGGCAAGUGGCUUGCCCCAGAACUGGCCAGAUAAUUACAUGGUCAUUAUUAACCACAUUACUGAAGGGUAAAAAUGCAGUUAUUUUUAUCCAUAAAGUCAGCUGCUUCAACCCUAAAACUAAUUGCACAUUAUUAUGCAGCAGAAAGUAAUUAUUAUAGAUACUGAUUCUAGCUUCUACUCCCAAAGAAGCAGACACUAUUUCAAAUGAAAUCUUUCAGGAUUUUUAAUAAGCCUUGCAAUCUGUGGUGAAAGAAAGAAAGAAAGAAAGAAAGAAAGAAAGAAAGAAAGAAAGAAAGAAAGAAAGAAAGAAAGAAAGAAAGAAAGAAAGAAAGAAAGAAAGAAAGAAAGAAAGAAAGAAAGAAAGAAAGAAAGAAAGAAAGAAAGAAAGAAAGAAAGAAAGAAAGAAAGAAAGAAAGAAAGAAAGAAAGAAAGAAAGAAAGAAAGAAAGAAAGAAAGAAAGAAAGAAAGAAAGAAAGAAAGAAAGAAAGAAAGAAAGAAAGAAAGAGAAAGAGAGAAAGAAAGAGAGAAAGAAAAAGAUUUUAUCUUGUUUUUAUAAUGUUUUUUUAACACGUAACUAUCUCAUCCUGGAGAGCUGAUGCCUUUAGGUGUGACUCCUGAGAGGAGGCAUCUCUCUGGAGGUAGAUGUUAGGCAAGACAUAGGAAGAAAUGUAUUACAAUUAUUAAAUGAUAAUUGCUGAUGUUCUUUUUCACUCUUUUCUUCAGGUACAGUUGCGUGAUUUACAAUGGAAAAAUUGCUCUGCGGCAUCCUGGUGUUUGGAAUGGCUGUCACAGUCAAUGCUUGUCCCAAAUAUUGUGUCUGUCAGAACCUGUCUGAGUCACUGGGGACUUUGUGUCCUUCCAAGGGUCUCCUUUUUGUACCACUGGACAUAGAUCGAAGAACUGUUGAACUCCGUCUUGGGGGCAAUUUUAUUAUCAAUAUCAGCAGACAAGAUUUUGCCAAUAUGUCUGGACUUGUUGACCUUACUUUGUCCAGAAACACCAUUAGUUACAUACAGCCCUACUCUUUCACCGACUUGGAGAGUCUUCGGUCUUUGCAUCUGGACAGCAACAGGUUGCCUGAGAUUGAAGAGGAUACCUUAAGAGGUUUAAUUAACCUUCAGCAUUUGAUUUUAAACAACAACCAGCUAAGCAGCAUUUCUGAUGAAGCCUUUGAGGAUUUUUUACUGACAUUGGAAGACUUAGACCUUUCCUACAAUAACCUCCGAAGCAUUCCCUGGGAAUCUAUAAGAAAGAUGAUAAACUUGCACCAGCUCAGUUUAGAUCACAACCUAAUAGAUUAUAUAACAGAGGGGACAUUUGCAGAUCUUCAGAAAUUGGCCAGAUUAGAUCUAACAUCCAACAGACUGCAGAAGCUCCCUCCUGACCCUAUAUUUGCCAGAUCACAAGUAAUUCCAUUGGUUGUCACCCCGUUUUCACCACCUCUGUCCCUCAGCUUUGGGGGAAAUCCACUGCAUUGCAACUGUGAGCUACUGUGGUUGAGGCGGCUUGACAGGGACGACGAUAUGGAAACUUGUGCUUCUCCUCCAAGUCUAAAGGGAAGGUACUUCUGGUACGUACGGGAAGAGGAAUUUGUUUGUGAGCCUCCUCUUAUUACACAACAUACCCACAAGCUGCUGGUGUUGGAAGGGCAGACGGCCACGCUGAAGUGCAAAGCCAUUGGGGAUCCCACCCCCAUCAUCCACUGGGUGGCCCCCGACGACCGUCUGAUCGGGAACUCCUCGAGGACAGCCGUCUAUGACAACGGCACCUUAGACAUCCACAUCACCACCUCCAAGGACUACGGAACCUUCACGUGCAUAGCGGCCAACGCUGCAGGAGAGUCCACGGCAACGAUUGAACUCUCCAUUGUCCAGCUUCCCCAUCUCAGCAAUGGCACAGGCAAAGCGGCUCCGCCGAAAUCCAGGCUCUCGGACAUCACCAGCUCCACCAAGUCCAACCGCGGUGAGACAAAAGGCCCACCGGAAAGGGCUGUCCUGGUGUCAGAUGUGACCACUACCUCAGCUUUGGUCAAGUGGACAGUCAGCAAGUCGGCCCCCCGGGUAAAAAUGUAUCAGCUGCAGUAUAACUGCUCGGAUGAUGAAGUCCUGAUCUACAGGAUGAUACCAGCUACAAACAAGGCCUUUGUUGUAACCAACCUUGUUUCUGGAACAGGCUAUGACCUCUGUGUCCUGGCAAUGUGGGAUGACACGGCCACAACCCUUACUGCCACCAAUAUUGUGGGAUGCGCCCAGUUCUUCACCAAAGAAGACUACCCUCAGUGCCAGUCGAUGCACAGCCAGUUCCUGGGUGGGACCAUGAUCCUGAUCAUUGGAGGCAUCAUUGUGGCAACGCUGUUGGUGUUCAUUGUAAUUCUCAUGGUGCGCUACAAGGUCUGCAACAAUUCCCAGGGGAAGAUGUCUAAUGUCAGCAACGUCUACUCACAGACAAACGGAGCACAGCCAGUUCAGAAUGGAGUCUUGCCCCAAGUCAAUCCCAAAGUGGUGGUGAGGAAUGAACUUAUGGAGUUUAACUGUCAGUCAGCGCGGAGCAGCAUCUCCUCUUCCUCCAGCUCUGCAAAUAGCCGUGACUGUGACAACUACAGCCUCCAAAGUGAACAGGGCACAUUGUCCAGUAAAUGGAGGCCUCCUUCCCGGUCAAAACACAAUAUUGACCGGCUAAUGGGAGCUUUUGCCUCCCUGGAACUGAAAUGUCAGAAAAAGGAGGAAAUGACAGACUCCAGAACUUCCACGGUGGCCCGCCACUCGGACAAAGAGCCACUGCUGGGCCAGACAGAGUCCAAAUUGCGCAGCUUCCUCAUGUUGCCUCUGGAGGGCAAAACUAAACGUAGCCAUUCUUUUGACAUGGGGGACUUUGCCACAUCUCAGUGUUGCACCUACCCAAAAAAGAUAACAAACAUUUGGACAAAGAGGAGCCUCUCGGUCAACGGCAUGCUUUUGCAAUAUGAUGACAAUGACCUAACAGGGGCAAAAGGGACUUUCGGGAGCUCAGAGUGGGUAAUGGAAAGCACGGUGUAAAUAUCAGUGUCUCCCCCUCCUCUUCUCCCCUCAUGUGUUAUAAAGCGUGGUUUGCUUCAGGGCCACGCAAUUGGAAAGAGAGGGGAGGAAACAUUUUCUGUUGUACUGGCCAAAAAGAUAGGCAAGCAAGUAAGUUGCAGGAAUAGUAAAAGACAAAAGAGGGUCAUGAAAUGUGAAUAGGCACAUAUGGUACCAUUCCUGUCUGGCCCCAACUAAACCAUGCGUGAAUGUUUCAAGGAAUUUGCUAGUUGUAUUUAGCAUUGCUUUCCAAAAGUUACUCAGACUCUUGGUGAACCUUCACAGAAGAUUAAACAAGGACGAUUAAAAGGGAUUUAACAGCAGAAAUUUCAUUUUACAGGGUUUCUUUCUUCUUUCUUUCUUUCUUUCUUUCUUUCUUUCUUUCUUUCUUUCUUUCUUUCUUUCUUUCUUUCUUUCUUUCUUUCUUUCUUUCUUUCUUUCUUUCUUUCUUUCUUUCUUUCUUUCUUUCUUUCUUUCUUUCUUUCUUUCUUUCUUUCUUUCUUUCUUUCUUUCUUUCUUUCUUUCUUUCUUUCUUUCUUUCUUUCUUUCUUUCUUUCUUUCUUUCUUUCUUUCUUUCUUUCUUUCUUUCUUUCUUUCUUUCUUUCUUUCUUUCUUUUCUUUCUUUCUUUCUUUCUCUCUCUCUCUCUCUCUCUCUCUCUCUUUCUCUUUCUUUUUUUCUUUUUCUUUUUCUUUCUCUCUCUCUUUCUCUCUUUCUUUCUUUCUCUCUCUCUGUCUUUCUCUCUCUCUUUCUUUCUUUUGGCAUCUUUUUUUCUUUUUUUUUUAACCACAGAAAUACUUCUGUUGAUAUGAUUGGUGCUAGGAUAUAUCUGGUUGUCAUUGCAAGGGAUUUUCUCAAAAGUGAAGGCAGGGCACCCACAGGGACAGAUCAGAGUAAAUUGUUCAGCAUAAUCUCAUGGUCUAAACUGUGACAUCUGGGCAAACAAUAUUUAUUGUUGAAUGGACUUUUGGUUGUAUUUAAUUAUUUCUGUUCUGUUUUGAUUUUUACUGUUUUUGAGUCGCUUUUUCCCCACAACACAAGAUAUGUUUCCAUGCAUAUUUUGUUUUUGUUUUCAGCCUCUCAAAUCCCCCAGAUGGGAAGGAGGAUAUGUACAAAGGUCAAAUAUCUGAUGUACUGUAUAACCCACUUCUAAUACCAUCAGUUUUUGUCCUAGGAAAAAUUAAAUCUAGGGACAAAUUAAAAAAAAAUCCUCUUUCUUUCAUCUCCUUCAUAACCUCUUCUAGUCAAUGGUCAAGGCAGAUUGCAGCAGAUAUUGAUAUGUGUAGGGAUGUUGUUAUCAAAGAUGGGGAAAAUGGUUAUGAGGAUACCCUAAUAAAGGAUAAAGAAAGGGAAAACAAAAGUAGCUCCUGGGAACUCUCCAUACGACGAAUAGCAGUGGCUUCUGGAAGAGGUCAUGCUUUCACUCCACUAAAAUGACAAAUUUGCACCCCACUGUGACAAAAGCUCCAUCUCUACAGUCACCAUGACAUGUCUUGAUUGUAUCAGUAACAUCAGGAAAAUUGAGUUUUUGUGUAUUUCAGGGGAUUAGUUAUGCUCCAAAUUAGCCACAGAAGCUGAGUUAAAUUUGGGUAUCUCAGACCAUGGUGUGUCCCAUGUAUCCCCUCCAUUACAUAUAGCCCUUCCCAGUCUGGUGCACUCCUACUCCCCUGUCUCUCACCCUCAGGAAGGUACUUAUAACAGGAGCUCUUCAGGGGUUGUAAACGGAUUCUCAAAUUGGUUUUCAGUGAGUAUUGUUGUGGUUGUAGAAAUACAUGUCCCAUCCAGCAGAAUUUAUUUUCCUUACCAAUUUUACUGCAAUUUCUAACAUUCUGCUGGCUACUGCAACUGUCCUGUCAUUUGUUUAUUUAUUUGUUUGAUCAACUGUUGGGAAUCAUUCUGAAAUUGCGCAUUGUUACUAUGAUUUUGUAGAAGAAGUGGAGAAAGUGUGCAAGGCACAGAGAAAAUAACACAUGAAAAACGCUAUGUAUAUUUUUUUUUAAGGUUCAGAGAUAUAUUGUGACAUGGCUGUGUACUUGAUCUUGUAUUUGUCAUGUUUCCUACUUGGAGUUUUAGAUAAUGACAUCCCUGUGAUCAGAAUAUUUUUUCUUUAUUUUCUUUCUCUCUCUUUUUUUUUUUUUUUUUUUUUUUUUUUUUUUUUUUUUUUGGCUACAAAAUGUACAGUAAAAAAACAUCCUUGGGGAAAAAAAAGUACCUGCUUUUCAUUUAUUUGUUAUUCCGUGGUCUGCUUUGAAACCUAAGAAGUAAUUGUUUUUAAAAUUGUCUUUAAUAUUUAGAUAUUUGGUUUUUCUUUCCCACAAACUGUCUUUGACUUCAAACAAUUUUAGGUAUAAAAUAGGAUUCAAGAACCUAUUUGGAAUGCAUAAGAAAAGAUCUUGUAAAAGGCAUUUCACCUCUUUUUCUGUUGUUGCAUUUCUAUAGGUCUAUAUUACUAGAGUACUCUGAACCCUGAUCUAAAAUCUACAGACAGAAGAGGUAGCAUUUUUAGACUUAGGACCUGACUCUCUGUAGGUUUUUGCUGAGAUUGUUGCUCACCAACAUUAUUAGAUGAUAAUCUCUCUCAAGAGAGAUUCAGUCAAACUUUGUUUGGAAUAUUUUUCAAACUCUCUGUUUUUUCUCACGCUUUCUGAGAAUGACACCUCCAGUGCCAGAAUCUACAUAAUCCAACUGUCCAGAUGGCAGUUCAUAUUAACCAUUGAUGACAUGGACAUUUAUGUUGCACUGAAAACCCUUAAAGAUGUUCAUGUAGCGAGUUAGUAAUUUUCUUUUCCUUGUUCCAGUGUGGUACAGUUGGACCUUUUUUAUUAUGUUGCUACUUCGCUCUGAACAUGACAUCUGGGUUGUUUUAAUUUAGACAUUGAGCUCAACUUCAAUAUUAGUAGCAUAUGCAGCCAUGAAUUUUCAAGUAUAUCACAUACUGUUUUCUCUCUUAAAGAGGAAUACUCUUGCACAUUCUCAUAUAAAAUUAUGGGAAGUAAGCCAACAGAUACCAUUUUAAAAUAAUGGAUAGUUGCCAAAGAACCAAGGUAAUAAAUUCCACACUCUAGCAGCUGCAUUUAUUACUGUUAAUCAUAAUAUUAAUUCAUUUAGCAUUAAUGAAUGAAGCUCAACCCACAUCAGCUGAUUUGCAAAUACUGAGCAAAAUUAAACAGGUGCAGAGCGACAGUCUUUGGUGCCCACACUACUUGAGAGGAAGAGGAUUCAGGGUCUCAGAGGUGAGGCAGGGAGCCUCAUGUUGGCCAGCCCUCAGAGAGGGCUCAACUGCUUAUGGGUUGUGAUCAUCCUUUAGGUGCCACCAGUCACUGCCUUACUUCCACUACCAACAAAGCAGGCUUUUGGAAUUAUCCUGUGGCUUCCUCUUUUCCCCUCUGAGAGCUGCUGAAGGCAGCUCUGUAGUUUGGGUUGCAUCCUGUAUCCAUUCCCUUGUUGUCAAGGUGCAAUUAAGGCCCCAGGGUUCUCUGCACACAAUCUCUACCUUGCCUCUUUUUUCCUGUGUGUCCCUCACUCAGCAUCUCUGGAUUUGAUUAUCCUUCUGUAGUGCUGCUAUGUGGUAGGGAUUCCUUCUUGCCUCGCUUCUGAGCCCAGCUGCACAUCAGUGGUUCAUGAAAUGAUACAAAGACGCCCACUUGUUGCAAUAAACAUUUUCGCUCAUCAUUUAGGAGCUGAGAUAGCUCUGAUGGCCUAGUCCUCUCAUCUCAGCAGAGAGAAUGUCUACACCAAGAAGUUUAUAUGGUGUCUCACAAGUUAAUAUGGGGUAGCCUGAUGUGCAGCUAUACCAGCCAUGUUUUAGGUGAAAAGGUAAGGUAGUGCAGAUAGUAAGGAGAACAACAGAGAUCAACAGGAGCCUUUAGAUAAGAGAAGUCUGAGAAAUUAAGAGUGCUAGAUAAUUUAAAGUGAAGCCUAUGGAAAUAAUUAAAGACAUCUGCAUAUGUAACUCCUGUAAGUUAAUAUUUUGAUGUGUUUUAUAAUAGUGGAACUAGCUUUUUUCCCUAAAAAUGUAUGUCAUUGGCUUGAAAGAAGAAGAUCUGAUUGUCCUGUUACAUUCCACACAGCUAGUCCUGCUAAAAAUCGAACCCAAAUCCCCAGAAUAUCAUCCUGGAGAAUAUUAAACAAGAUGACGAAAUGGAAAUUUCUGAAAAUAGUGAUUAUGUGGAUUUCAUUUGAUGUCUGCUAAGAACCAAGUGGUUGUAUGAAAUGAAAAUAACAGUGUGUGUGUGUGUGUGUGACUGUGUGCCUAUGUAUGUACAUAUGCAUAGGAAAGAAGACCAGACUACUUCCUUACAUUUAUAUCCUUACAGAUUCAUGAAUUGGAAGAUAUUUCUGGUUUCAAAUUUUCUUUCUGAGUUUGCCAGCUCUAGCAAACGGCAAACUUUCCCACUUUCCUUAGAGGAAGAAAACACAUGUGAUAUGUCUCCAAACUACACACUGCACUUGGUUAUAACUGGGAUUAAUUCACUUGUAAAGCAAUGCUUUACAAAUACUCAAAGAAAUGAGAAUUAUCUCUUCCCGGAAUGAUGUGAGAUUGAAAAGGUGGUAGAUUUUCUUUUGCCAAAAUUGUUUAUAUUCCAAAUCAUGGGAGUGAUCUGCUCUGCAAGAGAAGAAAAUAAUAUUCCAAAUGCCUGCUUGUUUCAUUUCUCACUCCUCAGCCAGCAAAGAGUUGCAAAGACAGAUGACCAAAGACAAUCCUUGGAGGUUUCUGAAAUAGUGCGAUAAAUGCAGCAACUUUAAUACAGCAAAUUUAAGCACUUUCUAACCUGGAGGGCAAUGAAUAGCUAAGAAAACAUUUUAGUCUUUGAACAGCUUGAAUGUCACAUCUGCUUGCGAUGUUUUGCACCUAUUAACCCGCGGGUAACCCACAGUACACCAUAUGGUGCUCACAGCACAC